AUGGAGCCGCACGCCGAAGCCGAGCCGUCGACGACCGAGAAGCGCCCAGUCGUCGACCUCUUCGUCGUCUGUGACACCACCGGGUCCAUGGGAUCGUACGUGGCGUCGCUCAGCAGCACGAUCAACCAAGUCUUUGCGCUCACGGAGCUCCUCUUCAACGGCCGCCUCAAGCUCCACGUCGUGUCGUACAAGGAUUACUGCGACGGUGUAAACGUCGUGACGAGCAUCGGGCAGCGCACGCAUUCGAACGACGAGAUCAAGACGUUCGCAGCCAAGCUCCGUCCGAGCGGCGGCGGCGACUACCCGGAGGCCGUCAAGACCGCGCUCAACGCCGUCGUCGCCACCAUCGAUGCGGUCCAGGCCACGGACGCGGUCGUUUUCUUGUACACGGACGCACCGCCGCACCACCCGGCCACGUCGUCCUCGCACCUGCAGCAAGAAGUCGCAGCAAUUGGCGGCAACCCGGUGUACACAGCCGGCAGCGACUGGUUUGGUAUUCAAAAGACGCUGCAGUCCAAGCGCGUCCCGGUGUACACAUUUCACUCGAACCAGUACACGGCGGAGGCGACGCUGGCCUCUGCCAUCUUCUACGCUCUCUUGGGUCCUGUGACGGUCCUGACGUCGCGUACGCCGACGAUGAUCACAAAGGCGACGAUUGGCCUCCUCCUCCAGCUCAUGGGUCAGGACUUUGCUUGCGCAGACGAGUUGCGCGUCACCAACAUCCUGCGCAACGGUGUGCCCUUGGACACGACGUUCACAGCCGAGAAGGAAACGCAGCUUGGCAGCCUUCUCGGUCUCUCAUCGUCCACCGAGCCGUUUACGUUCGAGUCGCAUGCCAGCAUGGUCGAAGACCUCGGCCAGCUUCCCGUGCUCUUCAAGUCCAGCGAGGCCUUCCGCAACCUCGUCUACGCAACGUUUGGCGAGGUCUUCACGCCCGAGAACGUCCUGUCGCUGACGUACAACCCGGUGCUCGGGAAGCUCUGGCGCCUUGUGUGUGGCCGGCGCCUCGACGAGCGGCUCCAGACGCUCUCGGCGCAGCUCUCGGCGUGCAUCCCGGCGCUGAGCGAGGCCGACAAGCGCCAGGUGCAGGAGUGGCUCGAUGCAUCUCACGACAACAGCGAGUUCAUCCGCGAAACGCUUCGGGCACUCCCACGUGGCGCGAGCUACGUGCUCGAGGCAGCGGCGUUUUCCAUCGACAAGGACGACGUCCGGUCGCUUGCCCGCGCGCCCAACCCAGGCGUCCUCGCCGCCGUGCAGUCGCUCCUCACGCACUUGCGCGUGUACCCGUCUGUCGAAGCCAUGGACGAGGCGGCCGUUGUGCAUCUCCCGGAGGCCAUUUCGAACGAGCACCUCUUUUCGUUCCUGCCGCACUUGAUUCUGCCGGGCACGACCUUCUCGACGAAGGGUGCGGCGGUCAUGGCGCUCCUCUGCUGUCUCUCGGAGAAUACGCUGCUCGCACCGCGCGCAAAAGCCUAUCUGACGUCGAUCCGCGGGCGCUGGAUUCCGCUCAACAACGUUGUGGACUUUCCUGAGAUCCUCUCGCUCGAGUUUAUCAAGUUGCUCUACCGCGGCCGCGCCUACUUGACCGAGGAGGAAGCGGCGGUCUAUACGCAGCUCUACCAUGUGCACCGACUCCGGCUCGCCGCCACCAAGGACGUCGACGUCACCCUCGGGUUCACGCCGACCAAGACGCAGCUGCGGCCUGAUACCAAGGUGCGUUGUGCUUCGUGCGGCGUUGACACGAGCUGCUCGCUCAUGGUGACACCCGACAUGUGCGCCCUCUGCUCGACUGCGGGCGUCGAGGAAGCCACGGCAAUCCAAACCAAGGCCGCCGUGCCGGGUGCCAACUCGCACCUCGUCGAGUGCCGGGGCUGCCACGGUCUCUACGCCGUCAUUCAAACCGACCUUCUCAACAUUACGCCCAAGUGCUUCUACUGCCGCAGCGGCGCCAAGCAGAAGCCACCGAUGCACCACUGCAACGGGUGCUGGAACGCUUUUGUCGACCCCGCAGGGCUCUACGCAGCCGCGCACCCAAAUGUCUGCGCCGUGUGCACGGCGACACCGACGAAAGCGACGGCGCCGACGACGCUGACGCUGCAGGCGCUUUUGGCUGCCAACCCGGGUAUCCUCGCCGACUUGCAGUGGACGCGCCCGACCACCGCCGCGUCGUUCGUGGCCAUGGCCUUUGACCGCACCAUCAACUACUUCAAGAUGUUUACGCUCAAGCACGGCCUGCUCUUCAGCGCCACACAGGCGACGAGCGAGCCAACGCCGUUGAUCGUCGACGGCAAGCGAGUGCACAACGCGGACGCGCUCGUGGCUUUGAUCCGAGACACGGUCGUGUCCGGGACGCUCAAGGACGUGUGCAACCUCUGCUUUGACGAGUUGACGCUGCCGGCGCUGACGUCGGCGUGCGGACGCUGCGCGACCAAGUGCUGCGAGUCAUGCCUGUCGCGGUGGUACGGCGCCGUGCAGCCGGGCAAGAUGGUGCUCGCGUCCAACCUCGGGGUGUCCGUUCUGCCGUCGGGCGCCCACGCUCGGUGUGCUCCGCAGCACAACCGGCAAGCGUGCGCACUCCACUGGUGCUACGUGUGCGCCGCUGGCUUCGACUCGGCCGACGACGUCUACGCACACCUCUACGCGACGCACCGGGGCAUCUAUGAUUUUGACGACGAAUAG